AUGGAAUGGGCUCGGAUAAACUGUGGAGAAAUCUUAAUUUAAGUACUCUGUACUUUGUUCACGUGCGUCUAUUUCCCGAGGUUCUCAGCAUUGACAAGACGAAUAUGUAUUCAACUCCCGGUAACGAGUACAUAGAGCGGACUUGAAACAACUGGGCUCGGCGAUUAUGCGAAACAUAAAGACUCAAAUUUGGGUAAUAUCCGUCGUCUUGUCUUCCGAGUGUACUCCGUACUGGGAGUAAUCGUGUGUCGGCCAGAACCGAACAUUCGUCAUCCGAUUAUCGCGACAUCGUGAACUCCACCUUCACCUUAUUAAUAUGUGGUGCUGGUCUGCAGUGCUGGAAAAUGCAUAUCAUGUGGGGGUAAGCCCGUGGUUUAAGCAAGAGACAGAGGAAGUCCUGGAAGAGUGGGUGAACUGUCGCAGAAGUUCCCACCCCAGGAACCAACACCGGAUAUAUCAAGAUGCUUCUUGGUGCAAUUUUCACACUCUUCGCAGGGUCUACCUUGAUACCCCAAGUGUCCGGCGCCCCGACGCUCCAGUCACGGUCGACUCCUGAUCCCUCUAUCUUCCCGGAACUUCAGCGAGCAGCGCAGCUUUCAUCUGCGACGUAUACAGACUGCAAUGGGACUGCUUUCGAUGUUAGCAUUACCAAGAAGAUCAAUGAGGCGUCGACGGAUACUCAGGGAUACGUGGGAUACUCCAAAUCCAAGAAAAGGAUUGCCGUUGUGAUGAAGGGAUCAACGACCACCGCGGAUUAUCUGAACGACAUCGACCUCCUCCUUGUCGUCCCUGAACUGUCUGAUGUGACCUUUCCAGAAGAUGCAAAAAUCAUGCAGGGCAUAUCCAAGACCUGGGGUUCUGUUCACGACGAGGUCGUCUCAGAGGUCACGUCUCUUGUGGGAAAAUACCCGGAGUAUAGUCUGGAAGCCACCGGACAUUCUCUUGGCGGCUCUCUUACCUACAUCUCCUAUGUUGCUCUGUCCCAGGUAUUCCCGGAGAAAGAGAUCAUUGGGAAUGCGAUUGCUGCCUAUCCUAUUGGCAACCAGGAGUUUGCGGACUUUGGUAGCUCGCAGAAUGGCACAUUGAACCGUGGGAAUAAUGCCGAUGACGGUGUCCCUAAUUUGUUUGUGACAGUUCCCGGUUUCAAGCAUUAUGGGACGGAAUACUAUAGUUCCGGGACCCAAGAUUCAUGCAUCAAGUGCGAAGGAGAACGCGACGAAUCUUGCUCGGCUGGUAAUGGGAAGGUCGGUAUAACUGAUGAGCAUAGUUAUAGCUUUGGUAUUCAUAUGGCGGAAGCCGGAUGCGGGGUAUAGUUGGCAAUAUGUGAGAGAGAGAGAGAUAUAUAGUGGUAGUUGUAGAACAUGUAUAUAGCCUCCAGUUGAUAUUCUAUAAAUAUAUAUGACUCAAGAC